UACAACCUUCAUAGUAUGCAAAUGUUAAUAAAUGAAAAUAAAUAUAUAUAAAUAAAAUUGCGAUUGAAUUAAUUAAACUGAAGAAAAAGAGAACAAAGUCUAAAAGACGAUGGAAUGAUAUUCUUGUUAGUUUACAAUCAACUGCCGUUCAAAAAUGAAGCUAUUAUUAGUCUUAUCAAUAUUUCUAAUUUGUGUCACUUUUUCUUUCCAAAAAGUGAAAUAUGUUAAUUGUACAGACAGUGAUGAAAUCCAUUCGAAAAUUAGCGAAAAUAAUUGUUAUGAAAUUCGAUGUUCUUUCAAUAAAUUUGGAAGCUUACGUUUGAAAGUUGAUUGUCCAGAAUCAAAAUGCGUGGAAGGUACACAAAUUUCUUACAAAGAAGUCAACAAUGCUUUGAUAUAUCCCAAUUGCUGUGGUGAACCAUUGUGUGAAAAUAAAAUAAACAAUACCUAUUCAAUAAUUUUAUAAAGUUUUAAAUAUUACCAUUUAAUUAAUAAAAAAUUUCAGUUAAACAAAU